ACGUUGCGACUGCGCAGUGCGAUCAGUAGCUUGUCAGUGUUAGCGUCGCGUUUCCCGUACAACGGUAUUGUUGUCAGAAUGCUAGAAGAGAUAUAAUUGUCUAUUGUUUAUAGAGUAUCAAUAACAGUACGGUGUUAUGACCUACUUAGUAACGGGAGUUCGAAUCUCCACCGUGUAUUCGAUAUUCUAAUCGGUCAUCAUGGUCGAUCCUGUAGUUUCGAUGAACGGAGAGGUUAAGCGUUGGUUUUCGUUCGGUUUUGCCGAUUAUAUGCACCGAAAUUGGAUCAAGUCCGAAAAUCCGGAGACGAUUGUAACUUGCAAACCACCCGACGAUGUGUUGAUUUCCCAUGAGCCGAAUCUUUGUUGCCGGUCGACGAACAGUGUUACUGUUCACACCUGGACUUUUCGGAUUUGGACCAGCGGUAAAAGUUUGCAAAUUGUAGCAUUACCGUUGAACCAGAAUCCUCAACACUUUUUUCUGCAAUCUGUUACUGAUACAAUUAACCAGAUUGGAGUAACAAAUGGUCAAGAGUGGUGUGGUACAGAUAUAAACACACAGACAGAAUGUAACAAAGAAUAUUGUGUUACAAUUGAAUUUGUUGCUAACAAAUAUGGCACCUAUCGUCAAAAUGUUAUGUUUUACUUUGGAAAGUAUCCUGUUAUACUUCAGAAAUUAUGUAUGGACUGUUUACCACCUGAAGAUCUUGAAAGAAUACACAAUGCCACGAACUAUCAGUUUUCACAAAACCCAAAAAACCUGGUCAGUGGUUUAACAGAAGUGCAACGUUUUGAGUCACCAUUUGUGCCACCGAAAGAUCCAAAAGAGAACAAAUUGGCUAUGAUAUAUCCUUACCCUGACAGAAACAAUUUCUUCUUAACGCAGGAGACCCUUACCGAUAAACAUUUAACACCAGAAAAUUAUAGAGGUCGCAUGCACGAAUUAAUUACCAUUGAGGAAUUAGCCAGACAUGAACAAAUUGCUAGAUACAAUGUACUGUCGCAAAUGCGUCUUCUUUCUAACUAUAUUGUGAGUUCCUUGGGCGAUGCGUCCACAACUGCUAAGUACGCACCACCCGGUGAGCUCUUUGCUCAGUUGCCGUUAAGCCGCAGUAUUUCGGAGGAUACGAAAAGUGGCAGGCUGUUCCUAAGAGGUUGCAAUAGAGUGCUGUUCAAGUGUUCGCUUACAAAUUCAGAAUCAGCUAAAGUAUACGAAGGUCACAUAGAGGAUAAGUGUACAAAUAUGGUGUACAUUAGGCUAUCGAAAGACUGUGUGAAAGACUUGAACUUGAUAGCAGAUGCAGAUAUAAUGGUGCAGGCGCAAUUUGUACUGAACCGUUUGCCGUUCUGCGAAUGGCACAAAGCAGUGGACAGCCUGCCGGAUGUAGGGCUAGUUUUCCUGAUGAAGAAAGAUUUAGAGGACAAGGAAACCAACAUUAUGGAUGUACUCAACCAAGACAGCGCCGCUUUCGCGAAGAAUUGGAGUAGGCUGAUACUGGAACUGCUUCUGAACACUCAUCAGAAAAAAGCGAUAGCCGUCAUGACUACUUCCUCAGAUAUAACCAUUCCACCCGUGUUGUUGCUCGGACCAUUCGGAACCGGUAAAACGAACACCAUCGCCGAGGCUCUUCGCAAUUUGCUCACUAACAGUAGCAAACACAAAAUACUUCUCUGCACCCAUAGCAAUAGCGCGGCGGAUCUCUACGUGAAGGAGUUCUUCGACGGUUGGUACAAGGCGGAGAAGUGUCCGCAAUUGAAACCGGUGCGGGUCCUUUACAAGGGCCGAGCUAAAAAUACGGUGCAUCCGGUGGUCCUUGAGUACUGUCUGAUGAAAAACAACGGCACCUUUCGCGAUCCAACCGAAGAGGAUCUCCGCGACUGCAGCUUGAUCGUGACGACACUGGCAACCGCUAGCUCUCUAACCUAUCUCAAUCUUGCGUUCACUCAUAUUGUGAUAGACGAGGCCGCACAGGCUUUGGAAUGCGAGGUUCUGAUUCCUCUGUCCCUAGCGACCCCGCAGACCCGUCUAAUCUUGGCGGGUGAUCAGAUGCAACUGGCUCCGGAGAUUUACAGCAAUCUUGCCAGCGAACGCGGCCUAGGUGUCAGCUUAUUGGAGAGGAUGUACAAGAUGUACCCGCAGAACCAUCCCUGUAGGAUACACCUGUGUCAGAAUUACCGUUCUCACAAGGACAUCAUUAAAUUUACGUCAGAAAUGUUUUACGACGGGAUUGUGGAGCCCGGUAGGAAUCUCUUGAUGCAACAUCCUGUCCUUCAUCCUUUAACUUUCUACGCUGUACAAGGCGAGGAAGUACAGGACUUCCAGUCGACGGGCCACGCUCACUCGGGUGAGGCGCGUGAGUUGGUGGCCCGUGUUCUGGAGUUGAAGCAGAACUGGCCGGUGAACCGGUGGGGUACCUAUGGCGAGGGGUCUAUCGGUGUGCUGGCCUGCUACGCGGAACAAGUGCAGAUGAUCCGCACAGAACUGCGGAAGUACAAGCUCGGCGAGGUGUCGGUUGAGAGAGUCCUGAACGUGCAGGGUAAACAGUUCACCGCGGUGUUCAUCAGCACCGUGCGCAGCAGAAAUUGCUGCCGAUACUCGGCGGAGAGGAACGUGAAGGACUACGGGUUCUUAACCAAUCCUAGGCUACUGAACACUGCGAUUACGCGGGCCAAGUGUCUAGUCGCGGUGGUCGGCGACCCAGUCGCGUUGCUGACGAUUGGUUCCUGUCGGAAGCUCUGGCAGAAGUACCUAGAAAUGGCGGACCUCCACGGCAUCGACCAUGCCACCUUGAAACACCAUGUAAGCCUGGUACCGGAACUACCGUCCAGCAAGUCGUUGAACCCGCUCGCGAAGGAGUUCGUGCCCAGAAAUCAAGAGAACUCCUGUCCGGUUGAGUACGUGCCGGUCCUGGUCUGGGCUAGGAAAUAAACGAGGCACUAAUUAUCAAGAAACGAAGAUACAGAAUUCCGAAGCAACGGGAGAAGAUCAAGUUCCCGAGGAUCGCCACCCCAGCAAGUUUUCCGACCCAGCGUCUUUUCAACCCUUUCACGUUCCUCCAUUUCCCCUGAGGUAUGUCUUCCUUCGUUUCCUCGAAACUUCGAAAUCCAAAAAGAAAAGAAAAAGAAGAACACACUCUAGUUUCCAAUAAUUUUUACUAAACUUCACAUUAAAUUCGGAUAAAUUCUAAAUUUAAACGAACUACUCUCCGGAAUUCGAACGAAAUUCCUCCAAUUCCAUUUCAACCGUACCCGAACGUCGUUCUACGAGAGUCAGCUUUUAUGUUAACGAUUUCGCAGGAUUAUUUAAUAAUUCCGGAUUAACGACUCGGGAAAACUAAAUUCCUCACCCGUAGAGGGCAUAAAUGAAAUUAGAGAGCGAAACAGACGAUUUAAACGUUUUUCAAUCGAUCACAAUUACGAAAGUUUGUGGAUGAGUUAACUUUUUACGCUCGUCAGCCGGGGUGUUUUCGAAUGACGAGGCCGGAGGGGGAGGCGGAGGAUAACUCGUUUUACGCGCUUAACGGGUUAAUGGCGAUCGAACGGGGGCCGACGAGGGGAGGAACGAUGAAUAUGAAAGCGGGCCGGCAGCGUUGCUCGCGCUCGUCUUUUUCCUCGAUUUUCAAUUUCUAACGGGCGAAUGCGCGGAAUGAGGAUCGGGACUCGACGCGCCCAUAAUUCUCACCCCGGCGUAUGUACGUACCACCACGACCGGUCGAACGUAUUGACGGACGAUCACCGGCAUGCUUUUGACAAUUUCCACGUGGGCGUCGCGGUAAUUUCGGAAUUCGAAAGCGAUUCACCGUGAAUUUUACAAGAAGAGCACCUCUGUCCUCGCCAUUCAAAUCGUCCCGCAAUAUCGAGCGAGGGUUUUCCGAAAAACUCGUUCCUCUCCCUUCAAAGAACGCCGUGCUUUUUUAAAAAUUUACUUGCUAAUGAGAACUUACGUAUGCGUUUUGCGUAUCCAUACGUUGGGAAUUUAUUUUUCCUUUUUUUUUGCGGGAACUUAGUAAACGUUGAAUGGCUUGAAUGCUCGAAGGUUCUCGCGGAAUUAUUUUGAUAUAUCUUUGGGUAGAAUAAUUUUUAUGAAGUCGAAUUAUUUGCCGCGUUGAAGUACGGUUCUCGGAUCCAUUGAAUUCGCGUUUCCUGGCGAUGAAUUUUCUGUUUAUUAGGGGUGUCGAAUUUCAUUGGAAAGGAUGAAGCAAUCGCGCUGAAAUGUUUUUCAAAUUAGUCGAAAAAUAUACGGAAUUUUUCAAACGAAUUCCGAACGUUCGCGAAUUAACUUAUGCAGAUCGGAAUCAACCGGAUUCCUUUUCCGCACGAGAAUUUUAUUACGCCAGAGAAUUUCGCGUUUAUUUUUUGCCAGGACUCCCACUGGGAAUUGUCGAAAUCGGGGCUGUAUCUUAUUACGGUUGAAUUUUCGUUUAAUUACGUUAACCGCGUCGCAAGAGCGCAAAUCGUCUUUACCGUUCCAGCUCCACUUUUUCCUGGGAUUGAAACGCGUAAAAACGACGGAGCUCGUGGACGGACCUAAUAUUAAUCCGCUAAUAUUAUUUUGUAAUGAACCCCAUUGUAUGCGAUCAUGAAUUUACUCGGCCGCUGCACCGCUGCGCACCGCGCGCACGGAAAGCGAAGUGUGUACUAUGUAUCAAGCAUCGAUCCUUCCCUUAAUUACAAGUUGUAGAGGGUACUUGCUACUUCUGUGUGCGGAGUGGUCCACUGAUUAUUAUUAUCUUAAUAGAAACCGAGGCGAGAGACUUUAAACCAACCCGGCCUGAAAGCCGCUCGAGUGGUUUUAUUUCGCCGACGGUAAUUUCAAACCUCGAGCACCGAUGUAUAUUAAAUAACUUUUUCGUCCCCAAGUUUUUCUACGAGAUCCUGCGAAGUUACCUAGAGAUAAGUUAGCAUCUAAAACUUUGUGUAUAAGAAAUAUAUGUAGACUAUAUUUUUUAAGAAGAUUUUGUAGGGUUUUAGAGACCCGGAGACACACUAAUCGAGAAUAAAAUGAUUUA